AUGGGCGAUAAACUCGAUUCGACAAUCGAUGCAGUGGCUUCUAUGAGCAGGAACAUGGUUUUUGAAGAGAAACGAGUUGAAAGAGCGAAACAUAAUACGAAAGUCAAUACAGAUUAUUCAAGGAAAAGAAAAUUUGAAGAAUCGAAUUUUCUCGAGCGCCCGAACACAUUGAUGACUGAAAUCUCAAGAUCCGAGUCUUUCGGGAGCUUCAAUCGACGUCCAAGCUCUUCAAUAAGUAGUCAAGAUUCAGAAUGGACAGAUGAUUUCAAAAGAGAAGCCUCGUCGGAAGAGAACGAUUUUUUGUGCAAAAAAGCUGAACCACGGCAGCGCUUGGGAAAGAAAAUCUCCUCGUCUUCGUCGCACCGCGAACCAUCGCAAACUGAGUCGGAUCCCAUGAAAAUUUGGACAGCUUCUGACGAUGUCGCGCUGAUCGCAUCAGUUGCCCAUGUGUCCUGUCUUCGAUUCGUUCAUAACAGUUUUCCGUUCUCACGAAACUUCUCAUAUUCUGACAUAGAAGAACGAUUUUGUCAGCUCAUGUAUGACGAGAAGUUAUCGGCUAUGGCGAAAAAACGAAUCGAUCAAAUGCCAGUACGACAACGUCUUCAUAUUGAAUCGCGAAUUCCAUUCACACGUGAAGAGGAGCGACGUCUAAUGGAUUUGGCUGACAAAGUGUGGAAACCUAAUCGAAAAGAAAAAAGUGACCCUGAAAAUCAUACUGUGUUGACGAUCGAGCACUUCAAGAAGAUUCUGGAAGAAAAUAGGCCUCCUUUCCACCAGUCACGUACUGCACAAGUCCUUUCUGACCACUAUCGCCGUAUCAAAGGUUAUCGAGAUAUUUCGACGGCAUCGGAAAAAUAUAACUAUGAAUCUCUGGAUUUUCCGUCAGAUGGCAUCUGCAUGGAUAUUGACAUUCAUAUUCCCCUGCAAUCAUCUCGGGCUCGUCAUCACGCUAUUGCUCGAUAUCCUCUUCUACGUUCAAUUCAGAGCAAGUUUCAGACAAGUGCUGCCAUUUCCGAUAACGCGGUCGCUAUCAUUCAUGGAAAAUUCCUACAAUAUGCCAUGACAGGAAAAACAGCUAUCAUGGGACGAGCAUCUUCCUAUGACAAAGUAGAUAUUGAUUUGUCAAAAGAAGGUCCGGCUGCAAAAGUAUCUCGUCAGCAGGCACUGAUAAGUCACUUGGGGGAAGACGAGUUCUCAAUUCAAAAUAUCGGACAGCGUCCGAUAUACGUUGACAGCAAGCCGCUCCCACAGAUGGUUUCUACUUCAUUGAAACACGGUUCUAUAAUUAAAGUCGCAUCACUUCGCUUAACGUUCAGCAUUCCUGUUCCCCGGGAUCUUCAUCCACUGACAUUGCUUGUAGCCAAGCAGGCUCGUCGUCCUCAACCUCAGCAGCCGAUCAACCAACAACGUGGUGUUGGACUACCUCUUCCCAAAAAGCCUCGUGUCAAGCCUGUAAACUUCACUGCUUCAAAUAGCGGAGCAACGAUUCAAAACUUAAUUAGCAAUUCGGAAUCCAUGGAGAAGAAUCGGAUGUUGAGCGCAAUGGCUGGGAUGACAUAA